AUGAAGAGCAUUGCGAUGACCCCUGUGAUGGCACAGCUCUUGACCGUCCCCGGCCCGUUCACGGUUGGGGUCAUCACCACGCUCAUCGGCUGCCAUUACUCGGACAAAUACCACUUCCGCUACCCUUCCCUGGCCAUCCCCACUCUGGUUGCAAUCAUCGGCGUCGCCAUCAUAUACGCCACCGAAGGCGUCGGGGUCCGAUAUUUCGGCAUCCACCUGACGGUCGCCGGCAUCUACAGUUCUGUCCCCGUCUACCUUUCCUGGGGCUCGAACAAUUUCUCGGGCCAUUACCGGCGCGCAACGGGCGUGGCCGCCAUCUUUCUCUUCACCAACUCCGGCGGCAUUCUCUCGACCUGGCUGUUCCGGGCGUCUGAGGCUCCUAGCUUUCAAACGGCAUAUAUCAUCAACCUGGUGCUUCUGUGCGUGCUGCCGGUCUCGGGUACGGGUCUCUCGCUGUAUUAUCUGCGCCAGAACAAGAUUCGGGACGGGUUCGUUCGAAGUGGUAGAUGUGAAGAGUACGGGAUGGACAAGGACGGUGACCAACAUCUGUUUUUCCGAUAUUUUCGUUGA